GCUCCCAAACCGGAAGUCCUAGUGGGCGCCUCAGAACCGUGAGGCGCAUGCGCGAGGGGAGCUCCUCGACGCGGUGCCGGGGCGAGCCGGGCGUGCUUCCGCGGGUCUCCUCGCGACCGCCUUCCGUCCGCCGCUCUUUCCGCGUCAGUAGUCUCAGCGGGUUGAUUCAGGACAAACCUCCAGACUGUGCGCGCGUUUCAAGGACAGCACUCGCCCCCGCGGUUGCCUGGAGGGGCGCCGGAGGAGGUGACGUAGCUAGGGACUCCAGGUCCGCCGUGGGAAUGAUCCACGAACUGCUUUUGGCUCUGAGCGGGUACCCAGGGUCCAUUUUCACCUGGAACAAACGGAGUGGCCUCCAGGUGUCACAGGACUUCCCAUUUCUCCACCCCAGUGAGACCAGUGUCCUGAAUCGACUCUGCCGUCUCGGCACAGACUAUAUUCGCUUCACGGAGUUCAUCGAACAAUACACGGGCCAUGUACAGCAACAGGAUCACCAUCCAUCUCAGCAGGGCCAAGGUGGGUUACAUGGAAUCUACCUGAGGGCCUUCUGCACAGGGUUGGAUUCAGUUUUGCAGCCUUAUCGCCAAGCACUGCUUGAUUUGGAACAAGAGUUCCUGGCUGACCCUCAUCUCUCCAUAUCACACGUCAAUUACUCCUUAGAUCAGUUCCAGCUGCUUUUCCCUUCUGUGAUGGUUGUAGUAGAACAAAUUAAAAGCCAAAAGAUUCAUGGUUGUCAAAUCCUGGAAACAGUCUACAAACACAGCUGUGGGGGGUUGCCGCCUGUUCGAAGUGCACUAGAAAAAAUCCUGGCUGUUUGUCAUGGGGUCAUGUAUAAACAGCUGUCAGCCUGGAUGCUACAUGGACUCCUCUUGGACCAACAUGAAGAGUUCUUCAUCAAACAGGGUCCAUCUUCUGGUACUGUCAGUGCCCAGCCAGAAGAGGAUGAGGAGGAUCUGGGAAUUGGGGGACUGACAGGAAAACAACUGAGAGAACUCCAGGACUUGCGCCUGAUUGAGGAAGAGAAUAUGUUGGCACCAUCUCUAAAGCAGUUUUCCCUACGAGUAGAGAUUUUGCCAUCCUACAUUCCAGUGAGGGUUGCUGAAAAAAUCCUGUUUGUUGGAGAAUCUGUGCAGAUGUUUGAGAAUCAAAAUGUGAACCUGACUAGAAAAGGAUCCAUUUUGAAGAAGCAAGAGGAUACUUUUGCUGCAGAGCUGCAUCGUCUCAAGCAGCAGCCGCUCUUCAGCUUGGUGGAUUUUGAGCAGGUGGUAGAUCGUAUCCGUAGCACUGUGGCUGAGCAUCUCUGGAAGUUGAUGGUAGAAGAGUCAGAUUUACUGGGUCAGCUGAAGAUCAUUAAAGACUUUUACCUUCUUGGACGUGGAGAACUGUUUCAGGCCUUCAUUGACACAGCUCAACACAUGUUAAAAACACCGCCCACUGCAGUAACUGAGCAUGAUGUGAACGUAGCCUUUCAACAGUCAGCACACAAGGUGUUGCUAGAUGACGACAAUCUUCUCCCUCUGUUGCACUUGACCAUUGAGUAUCAUGGAAAGGAGCACAAAGCAGAUGCUACUCAGACAAGGGAAGGGCCUUCUCGAGAAACUUCUCCCCGGGAAGCCCCUGCAUCUGGCUGGGCAGCCCUAGGUCUUUCCUACAAAGUACAGUGGCCACUACACAUUCUCUUCACCCCAGCUGUCUUGGAAAAGUACAAUGUUGUUUUCAAGUACUUGCUGAGCGUGCGCCGGGUACAGGCUGAACUGCAGCACUGCUGGGCCCUACAGAUGCAGCGCAAGCACCUCAAGUCUAAUCAGACUGACGCAAUCAAGUGGCGCCUAAGAAAUCACAUGGCAUUCUUGGUGGACAAUCUUCAGUACUAUCUCCAGGUAGAUGUGUUGGAGUCUCAGUUCUCACAACUGCUUCAUCAAAUCAAUUCUACCCGAGACUUUGAGAGCAUCCGACUGGCUCACGACCACUUCCUGAGCAAUUUGCUGGCUCAGUCCUUUAUCUUGUUGAAACCCGUGUUUCACUGCCUGAAUGAAAUCCUGGAUCUCUGUCAUAGUUUUUGUUCACUGGUCAGUCAGAACCUAGGCCCACUAGAUGAGCGUGGAGCUGCUCAGCUGAGCAUUCUUGUGAAGGGCUUUAGCCGUCAAUCAUCACUCCUGUUCAAGAUUCUCUCCAGUGUUCGGAAUCAUCAGAUCAACUCAGAUUUGGCUCAACUACUGUUACGACUAGACUAUAACAAAUACUACACCCAGGCUGGCGGGACUCUGGGCAGUUUCGGGAUGUGAAAAUUUCUGGCUUGUAAACUGAAAUAAGGCGAUCCCACCACAUUUCCAAGUUUGUAAGGGAAGAUUCAAAACAAAUAGCCCAUUCUCUAGCCAUGUGCAAAAUGUUUGCAGCCUAAUGACAGGGGUGCUACCUUUCUUCCUAGAAGCAAUUACUGAAUAGUACAAAUCCUUCAUGUCAUUGUCAUGUGGAAGGAGUCUCAUCCACCAGAGAGACUAUUUUGCAUCAGCUGUUCCUGUGCUGGCCAUGCAAGGGCACUGAUCCCUUACAUUGAGAACACCUGUUAGGUAUGCUCGUUUAUUCAAUAGGCAGCACCUGCUAUGAUAUAGCAGUAAAUAAUAUAGGUCAGAAAGUUUAGUAUUUUGGGAUAAUAAUGUGAAAAGGGAAUUAUGUUUAUAAACAAGUCAGCUGUUGGACACCACCACUGAGUAAGAAAGGUACAGGUAAGAUAGGCUUGCCUUCUCUCUACACCAAGUAAUCUAUACCUACACAGGUUACCUUUCCUCCCUCAGAAGUGUAAGACUUCUGAAGAAACUGAAUCUGAAGAGUUUUGCUAGUAACUUCUAGUAUUUAAGUCUGGUAAAAGGGCAGUUCUGGCUAUUGAAAAAAUACAUUACAAUCAUUUAUAUUAAUGAUAAUGUGAUUAAAAUCAUGUUUUUCCCUCAAAGAAAAAUAGGUCUGUAAGAAAAAGUAGAGGAUGGGCGGCGCCUGUGGCUCAGUGAGUAGGGCACCGGCCCCAUAUGCCAAGGGUGGCGGGUUCAAACCCAGCCUUGGCCAAACUGCAACCAAAAAAAAAAAAAAAAAAUAGCCGGGCGUUGUGGCGGGCACCUGUAGUCCCAGCUGCUCGGGAGGCUGAGGCAAGAGAAUCGCGUAAGCCCAAGAAUUAGAGGUUGCUGUGAGCCGUGUGACACCACAGCAUUCUACCUGAGGGCAGUACAGUGAGACUCUGUCUCUACAAAAAAAAAAAAAAGAAAAAGUAGAGGUAAAAUUUUUAGAUUUUAAAUGCUAAAAAUUACAGGCAGUUAUCCCAUAUUAGUUAAAUAAGCCACAGGUAUUGAGGUUUUCAUAAUGUGACCCAGCCGUCAUUCGUAAUCAUUAACGUUCAUAUCAGUGUGAACCAAAAUAAAUAUUCUUUGAACAGCCCCCUCCAAACUGAAAAAGAAUAUGUAUUUUGGGCCUCAGUUUAUAAUCACUGAAUCUGACUUUUACUGCUGCUAUGACAGGCUUUUUCCCUCUUGUUAACUAAAGAUGACCCUUCCUUUGCAUCUAGCACAGGCACUGGCAAACUGUGGCCUGUUUUUGUAAAUACACUUCUACUGAAAACACAUCGUCUUGGGUUGCUUUCAUGUUCUCCCAGCAAAAAAAGUAGUUCCAACAGACCAAAUGGCCCAAAAGCCUAAAAUAUUUACUGUUUGGCCCUUUACAGAAGGAAUUUGUUGAUCCCUGCCCUAGAUAAUGAGGUCAUUAACAGGGAUAAUGUUAGGAGGAGAGAAGGAACAGCAUCCAGCUAUUGUGACAAUAAUGGACGUCUGACUAGAGCUUUUAACAUUUUCAAGUGUUCUCACUUAAUGCAUCUCAUGUCUGUCUUAAUAGAGUUGUAUCAUCAAGCUUAUGGUCAUUGUCUACUCACAGCAAUGCGUCCUUUUCCUAUCUAGCUCUGAGUGGAGGAGUACCCACAGGGCAGUUGUUAAUGAGCUCAGCUCUAAAGAGAGCAAGAGACAUCUUUCUGUGCCCAAUUCCAUUCAACUUUUGGCACAAUUAUUAAUCUGGACCCUAACCUACUUUAAAAUUUAGUGUUUGGAAGCACAGCAUGUCAGACAGUCUGCUUUUUGAUAAUG